AUGGAAAAGCCACAACCGCCGCAGUAUACGUACCCACCGCCACAACACCCAUACACACCACCAAGCUCGUAUCCUACAAACAACUAUACACCUCCUCCUCCUCAAAACAACUAUGGACAGUCAUCUAAUCCAUACCAAGCACCUGAGAAUCAGAUGGAGGAAGGCUAUGAAUCAAAAGGAAAAAUAAGACCACCAAGUGGAUGGAAUGAUCUGUGGGCUGCUGCUCUCUGGAUAGCAAAUAUGGGUGCCUUUAUUGCCCUAAGUGUUAUUGGACUGAGAACAUAUAAUGGCAAAAAAGGAUCCUACAACGGAACACCUUCUAACACACAAUAUUCUGGCCUUACUUUCGAUACCGGAACAUUCAAAAUAUUUGGAUUCUCUGCUAUCGUCGGAUUCGGCCUGAGUUUUUUGUAUCUGAUAUUGGCUAAUAUGUUUCCUCGGCCUUUGAUCAUCAUCACUUUUGUAUGCAGCAUAAUCGUCUACUUUGGGGUCACAAUAUACUAUUUUACACAGCACUACUAUUCUGCUGCCAUCGUUUUUCUGAUAUUCUCUUGUCUUUACCUUCUUGCGUUCUGGUGGUGGAAAAGCCGAAUCCCAUUUGCAACAGUUCUACUGGAGAGAAUUACGUCAAUAACCCGAGAGUAUCCAAGUACCAUCGCAAUCGGUGUACUCUCGCUCAUCAUUCAAACAGCCUUCAGUUUCUGGUUCAUGUUAAAUGUUAUUGGAGUUUAUGAGACAUACUACAGUAAUACCGCUAAUAAUGCUCGUCUGAAUCUUGCAAUGGUGUUCUUGGUUUUUUCAUUUUAUUGGACGUCUCAGGUCAUAACUUAUGUGACCCAUGUUACACUAGCUGGAGUAUUUGCAACUGUAUACUUUCUCAACAACUCUGUCAGCCACCCUGCCCUGGGAAGUGCUAAAAGAGCCCUAACUACAAGCUUCGGAUCGAUAUGCUUUGGAAGUUUACUGAUCGCUUUGGUUAAUCUGAUCAGAUAUUUUAUCCAGAUAGCACGCGCAAACACAGAUAAUGCAAUCCUCGGUUUUGUAUUAUGCAUUGUAGACUGCAUUGUUGGAUGCUUCCAAGGCUUAUUUGAAUGGUUUACGUAUUAUGCUUUUAGCGGAGUGGCCAUUUACGGAAAGCCUUUCAUACCUUCUGCUAGAGACACUUGGACUAUGGUAAAAGAUCGUGGUAUAGAGGCCAUGAUAAAUGACAAUUUGAUAGGCAACGUUUUAUUUAUGGGAGGCCUGCUUGUAGGUGUACUAUGUUCGCUCCUAGGGUUCAUUUAUCUUCAAGUAUCCCAGCCAGCAUAUAAUCAGAGCGGAAGCAUAACCCCAGUAGUGGUUAUGAUGUGCUUCUUGGUUGGCGCUUCUAUGUUCUCUAGUGUUGCUACAGUCAUUUCAAGUGGUGUUGCAACAACCUUUGUCUGUUUAGCAGAUGAUCCUGACGCUUUGAAAAGGUAA